CCAGGGCGGCAGCGUGAGAGCGGCGGGGAAGGCGCUGCGGGCCGCGGCUGGGAUCCGGGGCGCCGGGAACCUCGCACCAUGUCGCGACUGAUCGUGAAAAACCUCCCGAACGGGAUGAAGGAGGAGCGCUUUAGGCAGCUGUUUUCUGCCUUCGGCACACUGACUGACUGCAGCCUGAAGUUCACCAAAGAUGGCAAGUUCCGUAAAUUCGGCUUCAUCGGCUUCAAGUCAGAGGAAGAGGCCCAGGUAGCCCUGAGCCACUUUAACAGGAGCUUCAUCGACACAUCCCGGAUCACGGUGGAGUUUUGCAAGUCAUUUGGGGACCCCACAAAGCCCCGAGCCUGGAGCAAACAUGGCCAGAAAGCGAUCCAGCCCGAGCCUCCUGCACAGGACUCUGUCCCCAGAGAAACUAAGAAAGAUAAGAAGAACAAGGUACCAACUGAGCUGGAGAAGCUGAAGGAAGACACCGAGUUCCAGGAGUUCCUGUCAGUUCACCAGAGGCGGACACAGGCGGCCACUUGGGCCAACGACGCCCUGGACACUGAGCCCCCAAGAAGGAAGAGCCAGCCAGCCAGCGACUACCUAAACUUCGACUCCGAUUCUGGCCAGGAGAGUGACGACAGUGAGGCAGCUGGGGAGGAGGCCAAAGGGAAGCCAGGGCUGGACGGAAAGGUGGCCGUGCAGAAGGGGCUCUCGGACAUGGAUUACCUGAGGUCCAAGGUGGUGCAGGCCGGGGCAUCCUCCUCAGAGGAAGAGGAGGAGAGUGAGGACGAGGCCGUGAACUGUGAGGGAGGCAGCGAGACCGAGGGCGAGGCCCAGAGCCCCCCUGCCUCCCCUGCCCGCCAGGAGAGCUCGAGCAGGGGGCUGGGCCCGGAACCGGGGGCCCUACCCACCAGCAGACCCCAGGAGGCUGCCGCUCAGACACAGAAGCCGGCAAACCAGAAGGAGCCCACGACCACCCACACAGUGAAGCUGCGCGGAGCCCCGUUCAACGUCACAGAGAAAAAUGUCCUCGAAUUUCUGGCCCCCCUGAAGCCCGUGGCCAUUCGGAUCGUGAGAAACACGCAUGGGAACAAAACCGGGUACAUCUUUGUGGACUUCAGCAGUGAAGAGGAGGUGAAGAGUGCAUUGAAAUGUAACAGAGAGUACAUGGGUGGGCGCUAUAUUGAGGUGUUCAGGGAGAAGCAUGUCCCCACUGCCAAGGGGACCCCCAGAAACAGCACCAAGCCCUGGCAAGGCCGCACGCUCAGGGAAGACGAGGAGGAGGAAGACCUGGCGGACUCCGGGAGGCUCUUUGUGCGCAACCUGCCCUACACCAGCUCUGAGGAAGACCUGGAGAAGCUCUUCUCCGCCUACGGUCCCCUGUCCGACCUCCACUACCCCAUCGACAGCCUGACCAAGAAACCCAAGGGCUUUGCCUUCGUGACCUUCAUGUUUCCCGAGCACGCCGUGAAGGCCUACGCCGAGGUGGACGGGCGAGUAUUCCAGGGCAGGAUGCUGCACGUGCUGCCAUCUACCAUCAAGAAGGAGGCCAGUGAGGACGCCGACACCUCCGGCUCCUCCUACAAGAAGAAGAAGGAAGCCAAGGACAAGGCCAACAGCUCCAGCUCCCACAACUGGAACACGCUGUUCAUGGGGCCCAACGCCGUGGCCGAUGCCAUUGCUCACAAGUACAACGCCACCAAGAGCCAAGUGUUUGACCACGACGCCAAGGGCAGCGUGGCCGUGCGGGUGGCCCUGGGGGAGACCCAGCUGGUCCAGGAGGUCCGCCGCUUCCUCAUCGACAACGGGGUCAGCCUGGACUCCUUCAGCCAGGCUGCAGCAGAGCGAAGCAAGACUGUGAUUUUGGCCAAGAACCUCCCAGCAGGCACCUCGGCGGCCGAGAUGCAGGAGGUCUUCGGCCGCUUCGGCAGCCUGGGCCGGGUGCUGCUGCCGGAAGGCGGGGUCACCGCCAUCGUGGAGUUCCUGGAGCCCCUGGAAGCCCGCAAGGCCUUCAGACACCUGGCCUACUCCAAGUUCCACCACGUCCCCCUGUAUCUCGAGUGGGCUCCGAUGGGCGUCUUCUCCAGCACAGCCCAGCGGACGAGCGAGCCCCAGGCCGGGCCGGGCGACGCUGAUGAAGAGGUGCAGGCGGGGCCAGGAACAGCCGCCGGCAGGCCGGGCGACGGCGACGGCGCCGACGGAGAUGACGACGACGACGAUGACGAUGAAGAGAGCUCCCCGGGGUGCACGCUGUUCAUUAAGAACCUCAACUUCAGCACCACGGAGGAGACGCUGAAGGAGGUGUUUUCCAGAGUGGGCGCACUGAGGAGCUGCGUGGUCUCCAGGAAGAAGAACAAAGCCGGAACCCUGCUGUCCAUGGGGUUUGGCUUCGUGGAGUACCGGAAGCCCGAGCAGGCCCAAAAAGCCCUGCGGCAGCUCCAGGGUCACGUUGUGGACGGCCACAAGCUGGAGCUGCGGGUCUCGGAGCGAGCCACCAAGCCGGCGGUGACAUCCGCACGCAAGAAGCAAGUCUCCAGGAAGCAGACGACGUCUAAGAUCCUGGUGCGCAACGUCCCCUUUCAAGCCAGCCAGCGGGAGAUCCGGGAGCUCUUCAGCACCUUCGGGGAGCUGAAGACGGUGCGCUUGCCCAAGAAGAUGGCGGGGGCCGGCGCCCACAGAGGGUUCGGCUUCGUGGACUUCCUCACCAAGCAGGAUGCCAAGAGAGCCUUCAACGCCCUGUGUCACAGCACCCACCUGUACGGCCGGAGGCUGGUGCUGGAGUGGGCCGACUCCGAGGUGACCCUGCAGGCCCUCCGGCGGAAGACGGCCGAGCGCUACCACGUCGCAGACGCACAACUCAAUAACUCCCCAAAUGCUGACGCACGGACAGGACCUGCCUGCGCCAUCGACAGCCAUUGA